GUGUAGCAGGCAGAUCAUAGCCGCGCAGUGCAACUGCCGGCCGUGUUGCACGUUCGUGACAGUACCAGACAUGCGUUUCCAGCUUCAAUCGAAACGGUGUUUGCGUGCAGUGCUUUGCGGCGCGAAACAGUCUUUCCACUCUACUGACGCAUCCUAAAGGCCACACAAACUUACUUCUUAAGUUGAACAUUUUGGUGCCGAGGCCUGGAGAUGGACGACAGCAUCGCCGAAGACACUUUAACUCCGGUUGCUCUUUCGCCUCGCUCUCCUGCUUCAGUCCCGGAGGCCCCGCGACCCUACGCGCCUAUUCCGCGCACUGAGAACUGCGGUGCCCCCGAGAAGUCUUUCUCUCCUCGUGUUCGACUGUGGCUCAAUUUGGGCCGAACGUGCAAUGUGAGCCUCGGAAAUCUGGGAAUGGGUCUCAUCACAGCCCUCGCAGGUGUUGCUCUGCUGGACUUGGGGGAAAUCUACGGCACCAACAUUUCAACUAUUUCUCAUCUAAUAACGACGCGGAGCGUAGGAGGCCUACUUGGAUCUCUGCUAGGAGGGAAGCUGUACGACACGUACAACACGCAGCUUACGUCAAUACUCAUGCUGCUGCUCACCAGCGUAACGGUGCUGAUGGUUCCAUUGUCCGGAGUGCUGCUUGUAGCACACGUCAUGGUCUUCUUCAUGGGUCUCAGCUUGGGAGCAUUCGGCACAGGGGCCAACGUCUGGAUCAUCAACAUGUGGCCAGAGGACAGCAGUCCAGCGCUUCACAUUUUUCACUUCGCGUUUGCCGUUGGCUCGCUGGUGGCUCCUCUCAUAGUCAAGCCAUUUCUAUCUCGCGGAGGCGCCGACAACUCAAACUUUUUACGGGAAGCGGCCAACCUGAGCUAUAGCUUUGAACCGACAUACAACGAGACUGGCAGCCAGUCCUCCGCAGUCAAGACUCUGUCCGACGAAGGGGCUGUUGAGGGGUCAGGCGAAAGCACAGUAUACUACGCAUUUGCGAUUGUCAGCGCGUUCUAUUUGUUUCUGGUCCUCUCGAUGGCACUUCUUUACUGCGUCGACAACUCUGACUUCAGACGGCGGCCAGCGAGAGGACUGGACGGAAGUGAGGCGAAGGGCAGCGAAAAACGGGAAGACGUCCGCUACAGCCGGAUCUCGUUGGCGCUGCUGAGCGUUUUCGAGUGCGUAUACGUCGCACUCGAGUGCACGACUUCUCAAAUGCUGACCACCUUUGCAGUCAAGAGCGACCUGCACUUUUCCAAACCGGACGCAUCUCGGGUAGUCGCGGUGUACUUCUUUUUCUUCGCUGCGAGCAGACUGGUCGCGGCGAUAGUAGCCAUGAAAGUAUCUUCAUUAGUCACGCUUAUCUUCACACAUGCUGUUCUCGUGGCCACGUCAGCAGCCAUGACGGUGUGGUGCUCCAGUAACGCACUCGUGCUCUGGGUGGGCAGUGCAAUCACGGGAUUUGGCCAAGGACCAAUCAAGGCCGCGGUUGUCGCAUGGACUGCUGAAUACAUUAGCAUUAGCAACAAAAUGAUGUCGGUGGUCGUAGUCACGGGCAGCAUCGGCAACCUCGCGCCGGCACUUCUCGUCGGACAGUUUAUUGACCGCAGUCCCGAUUCGUUCCUCUACGUGUCCCUGGGUGCUGUUUUGCUGUCUGUAGUCAUAUUUCUAGUCAUGUAUGCUUACAUGAGCAGGAGGCGACUUUUAAAGUCACACGCCGACGUUCAAAUCACUGCAGGUGCGGAGAAACCAGGGGACAUGCCUUUGCUUUAGCAUUCUGCUAAAUAUGCGAUUUCGUUAGAUACUUACAGCUUUUAGAAUGCGCCUCAUAUGUUUACACAUAUAUACUAAUAUUUAUACUUCGGCGACCGAAACACAACGAGUAAUCAUAUCUCUGAAGCAUUCAUUAAACACUGCACGUGCAUGCUUUGUACGCACACAAAAAAAUAAAGUUGUAUUUCAUUUGAUUGACAGAAUGAAUCCGCGGUUAGGGCGAACGUCUCAAAGCAACACAAUGGUAAAGGAAAACGCAUCCGUUAAAAACUACAAAUUAAUAUGUAUCCAUGAAUGCUCACGCAAAUCUCCAUACAAUAGUGCUUUUUUUUUAAAUCCCGCCCCGCCGUAUUGUGGCCGUUGCUGCCGGACAUUAAGCCAGAAAGCUUGUGAUUAGUAUCGUUUUCAAAUGGAAACUCUUUCGAUAGCGUCGCGCAACACACACGCAAAGUGGUAGGUAACAAGAACAUUUGUUCGUGUUCGCCUAGAGUACUUCGGCACACUUGUAACCUCUGGCUAAAGUUAGCAGGCACACCCUAUAUACAGCACAACGUCACUUCCUGCUACCCACACCUGCGAAUAAGCAGUCUGCUCGUCCCUGUUUUAAAUGAUGCUGGUCCAAUAUAGGGAUCGUUACCAACUUGUUCAAUUUGUGACCGCAAUGAACCCUUGUAAUUUACAUCGAGGCAUCAAAGCUGCCAAGAGCAGGACGCUGGCACCUAAACUCUCGUAUGCCACCUCACGACUCUCAAGAGUCGAACAGUCGCCGAGAACCCUUCGUACGCUGCUUCAAGGCAGGAAGGCUGCCAGGAGCUUGAAACUGGACAAUUAUUUCUUGUACGCUACCUCCAAACAACAAACCUGCCAGAUCAGCAAACUGGCCAAUAAAUCAGCGGUAACAAAGUGAUGAGUUGCGCUAGUUGGUAGUUCAUUGCUUUGCGCUAUGUACCACACACACUAACGGCGACAAUAGAGGAACACUGACUAGGAAGGAUGACACAAACUUACAUGAAGAACCGGAAUCUUCGCGUCAUCUUCUGUCUUCCUUCCAGUGUUGCUCUUGUCCCCGGUAUUGUUUUCCGUACGUAGUGCAAGAACAAUAAAGAAAUUAUAUUAAGGCAAUGCAUUGCAGCUAGUGCUUGGAAUGCCAUAAUUAGUUCGUGUUUAUGUGGUUUGUCCGUCUUAACUCUGCAGCACUGUAUUCGAACAACGAAGGAAUCCUCGUACACUGCCUGAGGCAUAAUGUACCAUACGAGGUUUUACUGAUCAGUGUCAUGCUGCUAAGCUCACAAACCAGUGAACACAAAAACUAAUGCACAUCACGUGGCCGCGAAAAUUCGGGAGAGAGGAAAUGAAAAGUUCUCGAGUAUGCAUUUCUAACUUUUUUGUGCGUGCGGAUGAAAGCAACGAUUGUCACCCACGAGAGAGUAGCACUUUGUCACAAAAGAAGCGAAAUGUUCGCACUUGAAUAAUUCGUCCUGGUCUAGGGAUCAAACCUGGGAUCAACGCUUCUCUGGGGCGGCCGCUUUAUGCCAUCUGAGCUAACCACGGAGACAAUUCAGAGCAACGCCAAAUUAAUGUAGCUCUCGAAGCACAGGGACACCGGAUGUGGCAAACGCGCAGGCGGAGGAAGUUUGCAGAAAUGGAAUAUUCUCGUACAGCCGACAGCAACACAUGGAUGUACGAUGGCACGGAGCUUGAUCCUCACAGCGGGGCGAAUGUUUCUUGAACUGCGACGCUUUCUUUUUAAAAUGUCCUCCUCACCAAGUUUCGGCAAUGUAAACAGAAAAGCGCGGCGCGUAGAUCACGUUGUGACAAUCGUGUCUGCUAAAUGGCGAAUGACUGCAAGGCACAAAACCUGCUGAAAUCUUAAACAGAAGCCCGAGCGCCCUUUCUGUCAAGGGAAACCCACUUCCUGGUGGAGAUUCAGGAUCACACGGACAGAUGCCUCUGCAUAUAAGAAGCACUGCCUGUGACGUCGCCCUGUAUAGCACGUGACCGCGGUAGACCACCCAAUGCAGAACGCGCAAUACCGUCACGCGUCACUGGAAGUGCGCCACCAAGAGAAAAGAAGAGAGAAAAAAGGGUAGAAGGACUCGCAACGUAAACGUGUCGCGGUCCCUCAGCUACAGUAUGGGAGAAGGCAGGAAAAGAAAGUUGCUU